UUGGAAUAAUUAUAUGAUGCCUGGCCAAUUCAGGCAACUUCUGAUUUUGCUUGUAAGCAUUGUUGGUAGAUCAUUUCAUCCUGGAUCAAAAAAUGCAACUGAAGACGAUCAGAUAGUAGAAAAAAAUAGAACUCUUUCUAGGCCUAGUUCUUCUCUUUCAGAAGAAACAAAACUUGCCGGUGUCAAAUGUAUUUUUGCUUUAUUACAUUUAAAUGUCGAAAAUACAGAUGAAAAUGAAAAUGAUCAUUUUAAUAUGUCGACACGCCGUGAAUUACUCUUAACAGAACUUAGAGGUAUUCAACUGAGAAUUGUUAUUGGGCGUUGUGUAUAUGUAUUACUUGAAAUCAUCACAACUGAACGCUUAUUACAAUUGAGAAUAAUAGCACUUGAAACUUUGGAACGUUUGAUCACUCGAAUCAAAGAGCCAGGAAUCGUAGCUUCCUUCCUACCUGGUGUGUUAAGCACAUUGAGCAAAACUUUGGUCAAAGAUCAAAAAGAAAAUCAUCUAUUAUUGACAAAAACAGUGGAAGUUUUGACGUGUGCAAUCUAUUUUGUAAUGAACGAUGUUGUCAGUGAACCUUUUAUUUCUAGGACAACGGCUCUGAGUGAGUUAAAAGACGUGUUAGUUAAUAAGGGAAAUGCAAACCAGCUUUCAGUAGCAAAAACGAGCCCUGUAUCAGAAUCAUCAUCAGAGGUACAAAAUGGUUAUGUUGAAAGAACAAAGUCAUGGCACAAGGCAACCAAGUCACAGAUCAAAAUAUUGAUAGGUCAUAUAUUCACUAUACGUAAUCAUCCUUCAUGGCAAAUUCGGUUGGCUUUCGUGAAUUUAUCUUAUAAACUACUUUUUGAGUGUACUAAAUCCCUGGAUAAUUGUGGACAUAUAUUAAUCGAAACAUUCGUUUUUUAUUUAAAUGAUGAUUAUGAGCAAGUUUCAAUACCUUGCAAACAACAUAUGGAAUCAUUACGAAUGCAUCCUGAUUUUAGGGAAAAUUUGACACCGAUACUUAAAGAAAAUUUCAAUUCUUGGUUUACAUCAUUACCAAGGUACAUUAUCGGAAUAGAUGAAAAUGCAAAAUAUAAUGCAUUAUCAUUAAUAGCAGGUUUUGUUUCUCUGUUGGGACCAGAAGUACAGACUGUACUUAAUAUGUCAUUACAAAGAGUUUCAGAUGGAUUGCUUGGUUCUUUGGAAUUUGAUACCGAAGGUGCACAAAUAGUGGAAAAUAGGCUAUUAGUUGGACAUUAUGACGUGUUAUCCGUGUCGUCAAAUGAUUCACAUGAAUCAGAUCGUACAAUAUUGUCAUUUCCGCGUUUACAUUUUAAAUAUAUACGUGAGCAACGUGUAGCAUCCUCUAUAUCAAUUAUCAUCCGGUUAUUCGGAUAUUUUGGAAAUGUUACGUUCUUGAUCGAACAUUUUCUUACUUAUGUCAGAGAUCCGGGUUCUAGACGAUUUCACGCACAAUGUUUGUUUGCAAUUAAUGAAAUUUUGUUGGGUGCCGCUGGUAUAGAUAUGGGACCAAACUCACGUUUAAAAUAUUUGACCGCUACUGAUCCAACAAAUACGUCACAAGAUGCUAAAAGAGUGUCAAAAUUCGUGUUACAUGAAUAUAUCGAAUCAGAUAUACCAGCAAAUGAUCCUGAUUCUACAGCUUUAGUGAAAUUGGAUAAACACAAAGCUAAUGAAAGAACAAAUGUGUCGUCAUCAACAAGCUCAAUCAUUGAAUCUCAGAACUACCUUAUUUUAAUAAAUUGUCUUGUGUUGGAAGGAAUUGCAAACAUAUCCCGAAUUUUAGCUUUAGAUUUUAGAAUGGAAUUAAUAGAUGCACUCUAUCCGAUUCUUGAAAAAGUUGGCGAAACAAAUGCUCGUUUACAUGAAACCGCUGAUAUUGCUUUAUCUCAUAUCUCCAUAUAUUGUGGGUACUCUUCUAAGAAAGCAUUGGUAUUUGAAAAUGUUGACUACCUUGUCAACACUAUAUCCAGGAAAUUGAACCAAAUUAUGAUAAAUUCCAAAACUCCACAAGUACUUACAGCGAUGGUUCGAGUAGUCGGUAUUUCUUUACUACCUUAUUUAGAUGACUCAAUAGAGGAAAUUUUUGAUGCCUUGGAUGCUUAUCAUAUGAAUCCAAACUUAUUAGAUCCACUAGCAAAUGCCCUAUUUGCUAUAGUUUCUACUAUAUCUGAUUCUUUUGAAACAAAAGAAAAAGACACAAAUCCUAUUAACAUAGAUAAAACUUUAGAUUACGUAGAAUCGGACGCACCGGACUUAUCCAAAGAGAUCGCAGAUUUUGUAAAGACUUAUUCUGUAGGAAAAACUCAAACAUCUGUUCCAAAAGAGCAAGCAACUCUAGAAGAAAUUGGUCAAUAUUUUUUGAAUCGUCAAAAAUCAAAAGAAAAAUCCGAACUAAUUGAUGAGGUCGAAAAUGGGGAUAAUUCUGAUUCUAUUUCUCAUAAUAACGAAAAUAUCAGUGAUGAAAGACCUAAGCCUACACAACCACAGGCCAUUUGUAUAAAAAUUAUAGACAAAUUACUCAAUUUUCUUACUGCGGCAUCACCUCAAUUACGAGUCCUAGUCCUUGAUGUUAUACGUGUAGCACUUCCCACGUUGCGAUCCAUUCCUUAUGAACUUUACCCUCUAAUCCAUAGAAUUUGGCCUUCCGUCUUGAACAGAUUAAAAGAUAAAGAACCAUUUGUUGUUCUCGGUGCUGCACGACUUAUACAAGAAGUUGCUAUCUCUUGCGGCGAAUUUUUUACCAGUCGUGUUGUUCAGGAUGUUUGGCCAUCAUUUCAAAGAUUGCUUUCUCAACAAUCUAUGGUUGAUAAAGAAUUUGUGGGUCUUAUUGAAUAUAGUUUUUCCAAAUCACAUCGGUUGAAAAAGACGAUAUUAGAGACUAUGAAGGUGGUGAUCAACCGUGUAUCGUUAUCUAAUCAAAUAACAUCACAAAUAAUUGAUACACUAUGGCCAUUUUUAAGCGAAGAAAUUAAUGAAGAGCUUCAAGUUUCUGCAAGAGAAUUGUUUCGAGAAUUCGCACGUAUAAAUGCGAACACAACUUGGUUAGUGCUUAGAGGAUUAGCAGAGGAAUACACAUUUAUGACAUCACCUAAUGAUGCAAGCCUGCUGGAUGAUAUUGUUUGGCCAAAAUGUUUAUGUAGAUUUCCUAUUGGUGAUAAAAAGAAAUUGUUUGCACGAAAUGUAAAAAUAUUGUUGGAUGAAUUUUGA